UUGUUGGCUACGGCAGGAGAGACCUCUUUGAGGCUGAGCCUUUGUCUUUUGCGUCCAUCCCGGUCUGUUUUUGGGCCGAGGAAGGUUCUCCUCUCUCCUGAGGCCAGUUACCCUGUUUCACCCCCUUCCCUGCUUUGCAACCCGGGGGACCUCCUCCGUCCCCACCUCCACCCUCAGACCCCGGUGGGCUCUGCUUCUCCCUGCCUUCUCCAGCGCACUGGCCCCUCCGAGGCAGCUGCCAGUGAGCCCGCUGUCAGCGGGAGAGCCUCAUAGGCAGUGCCAUCCUGCUCCAGUCUGCGGUCCUCCCCCGACUCUGCGUGGCAGCGCGCAUCAUCUGUCAGCGCCCCCUCCCCUCCCUCCGCUUCCCCACCCCCUUCCCCAGGCGCUCGCUGCCUUCCCGGUUCAUGAGAUGCAAAGCCCGGCAGGCGGGUGAGGAGCCAGCAGGAGCCGCAUGUUGCAGCUGCCCUGCUUGGGGCACCCCCCACCCCCCGAGGUGAGGUGAGCCGCCCCUCGGCAGCCCUCUCCCAUGUGCCAGGAGGUGGCUGACUCGGUCACUCAGGGCUUCACCGAGCCAUGCUCAGCUGGGGCCGGCGCCAGCCAAACCUUCCCAGCUGCACUUCCCUCCGCCAGACAGGUGAUGCUCACACUGCUGGUCCAGGGACCACACUCGGAGAAUUACUGUACUAGGGCAAGCAGGAAGAGAGAGUCCUCCCUGCGGAACGGAACCGGGCAGUGUGAAGAUCCAUGUGGAGCUCCUUACCUGCAGCCUCUCUGACCAUCCUGUUGGCAAAGACCCGCAGGCCAUGAGGACUGGUCAAAGACACCUGUGCCUGUGAUCCCCGCCGAGGGGCAAACCUGAGAGGCGACAGUGCCUGACGUGCCUCCCUUGGAGUUCCUCCAACCUUCCUCCCGCUCUCGCCCUCCCCGGGCUCCGGGCUCCGGCACUCCCACCUCCGGGACAGGUCCCCUCGGAGGGAGGUGAGAGGACGUGAAAGGGUAAAUCCCUGAGCCCUGCAGUCUUAUCUCCCGCCCCGUCGUCCCUGCACAUCAGCCAGAGGGUUAACCAUAAGUGGGCGCCCGUAUGGCCGCUUUACUGAUGCCACGCAGGAACAAAGGGAUGAGGACUCGACUGGGAUGCCUGUCUCACAAGUCUGACUCUUGUAGUGAUUUCACAGCCAUUCUUCCCGACAAACCCAACCGUGCUCUAAAGAGACUAUCCACAGAAGAAGCUACGAGGUGGGCGGAUUCCUUUGAUGUACUUCUCUCCCAUAAGUAUGGAGUGGCUGCCUUCCGCGCCUUCCUGAAGACGGAGUUCAGUGAAGAGAACCUGGAGUUCUGGUUGGCCUGUGAGGAGUUCAAGAAGACCAGGUCAACCGCCAAACUGGUCUCCAAGGCCCAUAGAAUCUUUGAGGAGUUUGUGGAUGUGCAGGCUCCGCGGGAGGUAAACAUAGACUUCCAGACCCGAGAAGCCACGAGGAAGAACAUGCAAGAGCCAUCCCUGACUUGUUUUGACCAAGCCCAGGGCAAAGUACACAGUCUCAUGGAGAAAGACUCUUACCCCCGGUUCCUGAGGUCCAAAAUGUACUUAGAUUUGCUGUCCCAAAGCCAGAGGCGGCUCAGUUAGAACUCAGAUGGGGACUCUUGGAGAUCACCGGCUUCCCCCUCCCCUUGCUGCCAAGACCAUAUUCUAAUGUGAAGUGUCAUAGGUGUUCAAAAGCAGUGGCGAUUAGGUUGGGAGGCCAGGAGUAAGGAACGGAUGAAGGGCCAUUCCAAAGUCUGAUCCAGCCACCAGAGCUCGGACUCUGUCCUAUCCCCUUUACCCAUGUUUGUGUUUUGGUUAGUGGUAGUACAUUGUCCCCUUCUCUGGGUUGGCAACUUGCCUUUCAUAAGGCCUUGGGUCAUCUCCACCAAGAAGGGAGAUUUGCUGCGCUGGGCUAAUCUGUAAAUAACACAAAUGCAGUUUCUACCACUUCCACACGCUCCUCAUUUAGGAUUCCCAACUCUCGAACUUGUCCUAGACCCCUGUGAGGAAGGGCUAGAAGACUCUGGAUCACAUUUGUGAUUUGCUGUUAUGAUGUAAUGGCCAGUCCUGGGUGCUGAGACCUCAGUGGUAUCUGGGGUUCUCAACACUGUCACUGACAGGUGGUCUCUGAGGAAAGGGACAAACUCCAUGGAGUUGGCUAUUUCUUCCAUUUCCAUAGGACCAGUAUGAAAGGCUGUGAUCACUGCCCAUCUCAACCUAGGAAAUUCACAAGACUCCUAUACACUUGCAAAUCCAGGAAGGAUCUUGGGAGACGUCCUUCAUCAUGUCUGAUGUAGAUGAGCUGCUAUUGAGAAAUAGACAGCCUGCAAGUCUUCCUCAGUUCUGCCAAGAAGUUUUCCAGAAGUUGAAUGAACAGGGAAUGUAGCACCAGUAGACUUUUGGGCAGUGGGGCACCAUAUAACCUCUCUGUUGCUUAAUGUACGCUCUGCCCUCACCUCCCUGUGGCAUCACACAUCAUUGGCCCCAUAGAAUGAUGGACGGCUUGGUAAAUGGAGGUGAAUUCCCUUAGCACGGACAGCUCUCACGUGCCUAAUACUUUCCCUGUCUCUCCCUCUUUCCCCCCCUCCAUGCAGGUCAUGUAAUUCUGAUGGGGGAGAAUGGGAACUUAGGCUGUCACUCUCUUUCCAGCUUGCUUCCUGAGAGCAUGCUUUCUUAGAAAGGUCCCUCUCAUGAGGGCCAUCUUGGCUGAUCAGCAGCUUCCUUCUUGAUGUUUUGGGACUGAACAUGGAAGCGAAAGUGAGACUGAGAAGAUCACUGUGAACAUCUGCUUUAUGGAGAACCUUCCUUCAAGAUGACUUCAUGGUACCCUGGCACUGCUCUUGGAAGUACAUCAGGACACUCUUCCUUGGGUGGUGAGUGAGAUGCAGGAAACCUUUUUCCAGCUGCCCAGGAAGAAGCUGACUUUGGUCCAAGACUGUGGUGCCAGGGAGAUGAAGCCUCAGCAGAGAGACCAGAUAGUGGAAGAGGAGCCUGGGAGAUGCUGGUCUCCUGGUAGACCGAAUCAGAGAGAACAGGCUGGAGGUCGAUCGGGGUGAUUGACAGCCGAUGGAUUUGGAUUCACUGCAGAGUUCCAAAGCUUUCAGCUGGACUAAAUGAAGCUACACAGGUGUGGGUUCUUCAGUGCAGGUGACUGAGGCCUUGGUGGAAGCUGUCUCCUCCUGGGGGAAGGAUGGGCCUCUUUAAAUGUGAGGGUGUUCCACAUUUGCGUUCUCGUCCAGCAGCUUCAUGAAUCUCUUCCUUCCUCAGCUAUAGCUGCAACAGGCCAAGAAGGCUCUUGAGUCCCACUGGCAGGGUCCGCUGCCCUGCUGUGUGUCUAUGAGCAUCUGUGAGUGAGGGUUGAUGUGUCUGUAUAAACCAUCAAGGACAGAGAACACAGGACUGCUGAAGAGCCCUGCGGAAUUUCACGUUCUAGGACUCUGCAGCCUCCUGUGGGUGUUCCUAGUUAGAGCGGGUAGUAUUCUCCCGUCCCCACUGGUGAAAAACCAUCCUUAGCUUACGCUGCCAGAAUUAAUUUAAUGAUCAAAUUCUUGAACAGGGUAUUUCCAUCGUUGUUUACAUACAAAACGUGCAUCUGCUGCCAAAUCUACUGUUGAACACGAAGGGCAUGUAAAUUGGAACAGCACAGAGUUAUGGAAAUGCGAAAUGUUCUAAGAGGGGCCUUUUUACCACUUCCACUGUCCCUGGGAGAAAAGUCUGAACAAGAGCAUUGUGCGGGGGCCUCAUUUGGAGCCUAGAGUUCUUGCUAAACUAUUGGUGGAAGGAAGGCAGCAGAUGGUAGUGUCAUGGCACCCAGUGACUUCCUCCCAUGAUGGGGAGGUGUGAAGGACCCAGCUUGGGUAUCCUGAAAUUUGACACUAAGUGAGGGUGGGUGGGCUUGUGUUUGUGUGUAGAGGAAUGUGAUAGCUGUGUUUAUGGUACUCCCGUGGAAUGUGUGUGUGUGUGUGUGUGUGUGUGAGAGAGAGAGAGAGAGAGACAAUUAAGAGCACUAGACUUGUACACCACAGAGAUGAUCUUCCCAUGGGUGGAGCUUUCCUCACACCCUUUAUGUCCUGCUUCCCACAAGAGGCACAGAGCUCUCUGCUCUGAUUCUACUUUCAGGCACUUUGGUCAUGCCAACCCAGAUUCUGGUCUGUGACUAAACAAAGAGAAAUGUUUACAACAUCUAGAGCAAUAUCCGAGCAUACCUCAUCCCUGACCUUCCCCAUCACCCUGUCCCACACGCUCCCCUGCCCUCUUCACAAGCCCUCCUCUGCCUCGUUAGGGGGGCACUCCCAGGGGUCGCUUCUCCCAUUUGCCGUCUUCCUUGGGGCCUCGUGCCGGGCUUGUGCUGUGGACUGCCUUCCAGGUGCAAGCCAUGCAGUGGGCCGGGCAGAGCUGUGACAUUUAAGGCUGCUCUCAUCCCUGAGUGGCCUUUCAGCCCCACAUGAGUAUUAACCCAUUUGGGGGCUGGUGUGAGAUUUUCUGUUGCCCUUGCUAAACCAAAUAGAACAUCAUCAAUGACAACCCUUCAGAGCUCUGGGCACCUCUGGGGUGAGGAAGGAUCCCUGAGCAGCAUCUAUUAUGAAACCUGAGGAUGUGCAGAGGUUACCCAGAAAGCCUGUUACGAUUGCUAAUUCCCAGCUUCCACACCCAGAGAUGCUGAUCUGAUAGAUCUGGGGUGGGAUUCAAAAAUCUGCAUUUUUAAUAAGUUCCCAGGUACGUAGUGGCCUGUGAACCAUACUUUGAAAAAAGAUGGUCUAAGACAGAAGCUCUCCCCCUUGGCUGUUCAUUGGAAUCACCCGGGGAGUUUAAAAAACCCAAACAUCCAGAAUCCACCCUAGAAGAGCUUGGGGUUGGAACUCAAGCAUCAGUAGUUUUUAAAGCUCCACAGGUGAACCCAAUAUGCAGAUGAGGUUGGGAAGCUGGGCCUGAGGAAUGGGGGCGGGGCGGGGGGGUGGUCUCCAGCUGGUCCCAGAGGGCUAGAGCACAUCCAGCCACAAACAAGCACAAUAACCAGGAACCUGCCAACCCUGAAUCUGACUCUUAGGGUGGCUGUCUCUGUGCCCUCUCUGACUUGCUCUUUUGAGAUAAAAAUAUUUCUGUCCCAGCUGCAUGCAUGGGGUAUGCCAAUGGUGGGGGCUGAAGGGGUCCUCGGGGUUUUCUAUGCCUCCCGGGUCUUGUUCACAGGGCUUCCUCCAAGCUUGCCUCGUGGGCUGCUUCUCUGUUUUCUGUUUGUGUUCAUGCACUCAUGUGCUUGCUCAUUUCAUGUUAGGCUGUGCCUCUGUACCCAAGGCCGUGAAACAUGGGAGCUGGUCUUAGGUAGCGGGUGAGGAGCGCAUGGCAGUAAUAACAGUGGUAGCAUGACAGUUUCAGAUUUCUCAGUGGAGGGUGUCAUACCCUCAGAACUGCAAGCUCUUUGAGGCUUUCUCUGCCAAGGCCGCCGUGGGGUUUGGGUUGUUGCUCUGUGCCCUCACCAUUCCCUUGUUGGUCUCAAGCCGAGUGGGCAGCGGGGAAGUUCCUACUUGCUUUUCUCUCGCUCUCUGCAGAACUUGCUGCUCUGGAUUAACCAAAGCUGUGAAUGGCCCUCUGCCCAGCCUGCAGGCCCCAGCCGCUGGGGGCAGGCCCUGGGCGCAUGUCCCGGCACAGCUGGGUGUCCAGGUGUGAGGGCAAGGUGUGAACUCACUGUGGUUGAGAGCCGGGGAAGACCGAAGAGGAAGGAGCGGGGCUGCAGGUGGGUUGAAGACAAACCACUCCUGUGGCAUCUGCUUCUCCAAAAACUGGAAAGGAGAGGUGGUGAGUGGUGAGUUCAGAGGCAGGAUGUCUCCCAUCAUUGAGAGCACCCAGACCUUUCCUGACCCCUGUCUGUGGCCACUUCCCAGCCAGGCAGAGGAGUUCACGAUUUUCCAUCUGAGGCUCUCCUGCAAUCUGCCGAGCAUCAGCCCUCUUUAAAUCUGCAUCCUCUGUUUUAAAAGCAGAAGAGGUGGUGAAGUCACCCCCCGGCACGGGGAGCCUGUGCCACUUCGCAUGAGACUGUGAAGGAAGAAGCCAAGGGAGAUGUCUUCCUGUCCCUGCGACCUCGCCGGACCAUGCAAUGCUGUGGUCCAAGUCGGCAGGAUGGGGCCACUGGCCGUCCCAGGUGUGGGGGCUGGGUCCUGUCGAUACACUGGUCCCCUUCCUGCUUCUUCCUCCCUUCUGCCCCUCAGCUCCCUUCCCUCUUCCAAGGACUGAACUGGUGGCUGGGCUUGUGUGCCCUCCAGGCGAGACAGCGUUAGCCGCUGCCGAGUCACGGGGCGCGCGCGCAUCUGUAGCAGCUCAUCCUCAUUGAAUUGUUUCAUUACCGUGCAAAGUGGAAUAAUGUCACUCACCUCUACUAUAAACAAGGCUGUGAGAACAUAAUAAACCGAACCCGAACACGC